AUGAAGGCCAUCAACAUCAUCGCACUCCUGGCCGGCGGCUCCCUCAUCCAGGCCGCCAAUGUCGACACGCGCGCCGCCGAGGAAGAGUGCGGCGCUCUCGGCGUCAUGGAGGCCCCCGCCUCCGCCUACCUCAACGGAGGCGUCGUCCGCCAGUGCCGAGACCACCCCAUGGGCUCUGACCGCGGCCUCGACAUCAACGACGAGGUUGCCAACGCGCCCUUCAAGCAGGCCGAGGCGCGCAACAGCGUCCCCGACACCCUCACCAAGCGCUGCCCGAGGACCGCCGCCUGGGGCUGCGGCAACGGAGGCUACUGCUGGAAGAAUUGCGGCAGGAACGGAGAGUGGUGCUGGACGGCGGGGAAUUACGGCAACGGACCCUGGGCGCGCUGCAGCUCUUGGAAGGAUUGCGGCUUUGAUGAUAUGAGGUACUCCUGCAGCGGUGGCUGCGGUUGUUAG